AUGACAAUGAAUAAGUCGCAGGGACAGUCUUUUGACAGAGUGUACCUCCCAAACGAUGUAUUCAGCCAUGGUCAACUCUAUGUAGCCUUUUCACGUGUGCGCUCACCGGCCGGUUUGAUGGCAGAUCGGUUAAAAAUGUUGUAUAUGAGGAGGUACUGCUAUAAGGCCAUGCGUCACGAGGACAAUCAUGAAGCUCACCUAAUACUGAAGUAG